CAUGUACCUUAGGCGAACUAGAUUUUUAUGUAUCAAAUCAGACCUAUUCUCGAAAAUGAGACGUUACGUGGUAACCUUCGCAUGCCUGCUGCAGUGCGUCAUCUCUGUCAAAGUCAAAGUUGUCCUACAUUCAGAUCAGGAAGACUCACGAGUGGAAGAAGAGGAAUCACAUACAGAAUCGUGGGGCACAAAAAGAAGGGAAGGAACACUUUUACCAUUUAUCAAAAGCCAUCGUUUAGAAGAGAAGCAAGAAUAUGACGAUAUUACUACGACAGAAAAAUCAUCAAGACAGAUGCAUCCCAAUGAAAUGAUCUUUCCCUUAAUCUAUCGUCAAUCUCAUAUAAAUAGUAUGUUUAAAUUCGGUGAAAAUUGGUACACUUGGUCGACUGAGAAAAGAACAGACGGGUCGAAAGCGACCAACUAUUAUAUUUGCUACGAUGAACCGAAACACUGCGAUGAAGUAGGAUGGGAACGGACUGAUGGUGUACCUAAAUGCGCAUUUGAAAUCGAUUCUUUAUUACCAGAAGAUCGAGCUUGCAUCAAUAGUUUUGGUAUAGAGCCGCAUGGCAAUGGCAUUUGUGAUGGCGGGGAACAAAUGAAGGUGAGUGAAAUGGUUCGUUCGUGUGGGCCACGGAUUCGUUCACUCUGGAGAUUCAUACGUGUAGCGCGACGUCCCGCGAACGCGGCGAAACCAGCUGAUGUCAACUCUCUUAUUUGCGAAGACGAAGAAGAAUGUUAUAUUACUAUAGAAUAUCGGAUACAUCAUGACAGAAUAACAUUUUCUCUACACGAACCGACACGUGGUCAAACAUUUAAAAGUGCCUUAAAACGAGAAAUAUCAAUUGAAGAAGAUAACAAAGGUGUCUCAGUGACCGAGUCUCACGCGCACACAUCUCAUAGAGGUAAGAAACUACCAAAAGUGAGAGAUGAUGAAACUGGUCAAAGAGUGAAAAAGUUUCACGCAAGAACUAAAUCUAAACAAUCAGAAGGUAAAGGCUUAGUUAAAGAACACAACGACUCUACAUACACGAAUCGAAGGUCCGUCAAAAAUAAAAUUAAAGUACGCGAAGACAUAUCUGAAGAUAUGUCUGAAUGAUUGUAUUUAAUGGCAUUAUUUUCUAAUUUGUGUAUUAAAGAAUCAAGUGCGAAUGUACACUAUAAUUCUACGUAGAUAUUAAAAAAAGUAUUUUUGUAAACCAACAUGGAGGGGCCCAAUUCUGUCAACAAACUGUUCCACAAAUGUACGUAACAUAAAAGUUAUUUUACAAAUCAACGAUUGCGUAGAAAAGCCAUUCCUAAAGAACAAAAUUGGGACCCUACAAAUAAAAUGUGUACUUUCAUAUGGAUGUAAAUAAAAGUAACAUAUACAAUGAUUAUGUUUGCACUAAAAAAUAAGACAAAUAAAUACAUUUAUUUUAUAAUUAUUUUGAAGUUUUCAAGAAAUUUUAUAAGUAAGUCCCAGUAAGAAUUCACGUCGAUUACAUUUAGUAAGAUUUCAGAUCGACUAUGUUUACGAAUAUGUUGAAUAUCUCAGUUAAAAGGUAACAUCAACUACAUUUAUGAUUAUAUAAGUUCUUAGUAAGACUUCAGAGCGACUACAUUCAUAAUUAUGUUGGAAGUUUUUAGACUUCAAAGCGACUACGUUUAUAUUUAUGUUGAAGUUCUU